AUAAGCGAACCUAUUAAUAAAAUAUUUUAUAAAACAAAAUCAAAUUACCACACUUUUUAUUUACAGCUUGUCAGGGUUGAUUUUGAUUCUCAGUAUCGUAACAUAGGCUUUUAUUUAUUUAUUUUUUUAAAUAAGCAGUCCAUAAAUUAAAGACUAACACGGUACUAUCACAAUAUAGCCAGCACAUACUUUACACAGCAUGACGAUCACUGACAGUGACAAGCAUUAGGGGAUGCACUUAUGUGACUUUCCCUAAUUACCAUAAUAAAUCUGAGCAAUUAAAACCUGAAUAUAGUUGUAAAAUGCACUGAUACUCACAGGUGGUGCAACGGAAGGCCACAUGAUCACUUAAAGUUGGCCUCUAGCAACUGUGACCAACAAUAAUAAAGUCAGAGCACAGUGUCAUCCACGCAAGACCAUAAGGGUAGCACAUGACACUAAAAUGAAUGCUUUAACUAAAUAACAUACUAUAAGAAUUAAUUAACUCAAAUAUAGUAAUUGACUAUAACAUAAAUACAACAUAAAGAACUAAAAUGCACAUAACAGAUAGCCUAACAAAAAUAAAAAAAGCUAGAAAAAUGUAAAUAUCUAAGAAUUAUGAGAAUAAUAGGCCACCCUAAAAACAGCUGUACAGCUGCAUUUUUACAUGUUGAUCAUUUUGGGGAGAAAUAUGGCCUUGGCAUGGUUUGUGCGAGUCACCCAGCUUAAAUUAUAUGUAUUUAUAGCAGGACUUCUCUCCCCUCAGCAAAAAUUCUCAGAAGCAAGACUGUGUACCUGUAACAAGACAAUAUAAGAUAAGUGAUACUGAAAAAACAAAAGUUAAAAUAUAUCUCUGAACGGAAGCAAUUUUAAGAUAAGCCAAUAUAAGUUAAGAUGGAAUUUGGACCCGAGUCCAAAACUAAGUGAUUAUCUCAGUCUAAGAUCCUCUGAAAUCUCAUGUGGUAUGACUGUGUUUCUCUGUUAACUCUUUUACCGACACCAUGUGGCCAUUAUGUGAAGCUGCUGACAGGUUUUCCAAUUUCUGAUAUGGUAGGUAAUUUUUACAUUCAAAGAUGAACAGUUAAGACAGCAUCAGUGCAACUACCUUUAAAUGUUUUGUAAGGAAGUCUUUGCUGUAACUUCACCCAAAACCUGGAACAAUGUCUAAAGUGCUUGUAACAAGGAUGUAGAGAGGGAAUAUAUUUGUAUACACAACAUUCACAGUAUUGAAGAACUGGUGCCCCAGUCUGCUGAAUAUUUAGUAAACACAAAAGCACCAAUAAAGCGAAGGAAACAAGCGCACAGAAGCAGAGACUUGACAGAACAUCCAUGGAGCUACUGGGAAACAUUCAAAGUACAAUGAUGACAAGACACCAAAAGGCUGAGGUAAUGAUUGCCGGAGAACAGCUAAGGUACGCUAUAUUAACAAAGUUAAUCUCACCUAACCUCAAGCCUUUAAAUAUUUAAUUAUUUGUUACAUAUUGAAACAUCAUUCUGUUAUACAGUAGGUAUUCUUAAUGCUUGCAUAAUAAUGGUUGCUAAUACAACUAUCUUGAUUUUGAAUUGCGACUACAUGAUAGCAAGUUGAUCAAGGACCGCAGACACCAUUUGAGAACGUACCCAAAUUGUUUUGUGGCUCAGGAGCUUAUUGACUGGCUGAUUGUUCAUAAAGAAGUGUCUGAUCGAGAGACUGCAGUCCAGCUCAUGCAGCACCUCAUGGACCAUGAUAUCAUUCAUCACGUGUGUGAUAAGUGGCCCGUGUUUAAAGACGCCCAAUACUUAUACAGAUUCAGAAAGGAUGAUGGCACAUUUCCUUUCAACAUAGAGGUUAAGAUCUUCAUGCGUGGACAGAGGCUGUAUGAACAUCUGAUUACAAGUAAAGACUCCAUCUUACAGACGAGACAGGAAAAGGGAGUGGCUUAUGAUCGUUCUUUCCCUGGUUACAUGUUAAUUGAUUGGCUGCUACAGAACGGUGAAAUAGAGAGUCGACGGGAAGGACUGGAUCUCUGCAAGGCCCUACUAAAGCAUGGCAUAAUUCAGCAUGUCUCUCUGAAGCACCACUUCUUUGACAGCGGGCUGCUGUAUCAAUUCUGCAUUAACUUUCGCCGGCGGCGCCGUCUUUCUGAACUGUUGCAUGAGACAGAGAAUGAAGAGGUUGAAUGUAUAAUACAACAAAGCCAAGAAGACCAGGCUGGCAGUCCUGAAGGCAACAGUGACUUCUUAUCUGUUCAACCUACUUUGGAUGGACGAUGCGGAAGUUUAACCCACCUGCAGCAAAGUUCACGUGGAUACCCGCUCACUGCUUCUCUUACCGUUGCCCUUGCAGUACGAUGCAAUCCCACAUCAGUGCUGAAAAGACAUGUAACCUGUGAAGAGCUGUUCUCUCCAGGUGCUCCUUAUGUAAAAAGAGUUCUUACGAUCCUCGGUGAUGCCCUAGGCUGGGGCUUUGUAGUACGUGGAAAAUCACCUUGCUAUGUUCAGGCUGUGGAUCCUGCGAGUCCUGCUGCAGCAGCAGGAAUUAAGGUUCGCCAGUUUGUGUGCCGAGUGAAUGGACACGGUGUGCUUCAUUUAGACUAUCAUACUCUUUCAAAGCUGGUGAUGACUGGACCCCGUGUUGUUACUUUGGAAGUCAUGGAACCACUGGAUUAAUUCAGUAUAAGUGUAAUU